AUGGAAGGUUAUUCAUGCUUCUACCAGGCCAGUUUCGGCCAUCGAUCUGAUCCACAGAGCGAACAUCACAUCUACCUAUCCUUCGAAACUCCAUAUCAAGAUUGGCAUGAGGCUUUCGGUAAUUAUAUGAAAGGGAGCGAAGUUGGUCGGAGCGACCAAAUUGCAGGCGGUUUCGAAACCAUCUACGCCAUAAUCAAUCGAAGAACCAAAGAUAUCGAUGACCGUUCAAGGAACGAACCGGCCGAGGUACUCGACUCACAAUCCUACGACGAAUUUAUCGCAGCUCUUCACAACGAAUACUCAAAGGAUCCAGAGCUCAAUGUUGUUUAUUUCGUUGAAAAGUGA